CUCCCACUUGUUGACUGGAUUCAACAGCCGACCAUACACUUCUGGCUUCAUUUUCUCAUCGAGGUGAUUUAUAUAUACUUUUUGCUGACCAUUCAAUGCAUGAGCGAUCUAUAUCCGGUUGUUUAUAUCAAAGCUGUACGUACACAUAUUACUCUGCUUACAGAGCGUGUGAGCAGGUUGGGAGAGAAUCCGAAUCUUACCGACGAAGACAAUUAUCAGGAAUUAAUUGAUUGCGUGCGGACGCAUCAGGAAUUAUUGCAAAUCUCUAGGAUUGUUGGCUCUGUGCUCUCGCUCACCAUCUUUAUACAGUUCAUAAUAGUUGGCGGUAUACUCUGUGUCAGCAUGCUCAAUAUUUUCAUAUUUGCUGACGCGAGUCAUCGGGUAAUUUCGAUUGUUUAUUACCUUUGUGUGUUGUUGCAAACCUCAGUCACUUGCUAUCAGGCCUCGAUGCUCGAGUUGGACUGCGAAAAGUUGCCCAAUGCGAUCUUCCAUUGCAAUUGGUUAGCUUUGGAUAAACGUUCGCGUCAUGUGUUGAUCUAUUUUCUACAUCACGCUCAGGAGGAAAUCUCUUUCGUAGCUGUUAAGUUUUUUAAAAUUAAUUUGGGCACUAAUUUGUCGAUCGCCAAGUUCUCAUUUACCUUAUAUACCUUCAUAAACAAAAUGGGCGUCGGGCAGAAUAUAAAGGAUCAAUUUGAAUAAAAGCCGAAAAUAUAAAAAAUUUAGUCAUAAAUAUUAUUUAAGUGACAAGUUAUUGUUUUUUUC